AGUCGUAGCUUCCAAGCGUCAGUUCUCAGUUUGAUCAUCAAUUAAUAGGAUCAUUGGUACAAAUAAUACAUGUUUCGUUGAUCUUUUCUACCAAUUUCUAUUUAACAACAAACAAUUUUAAUUAAUUAUACUAUUCAAUUAAUCUAAUCAGUGUUUUUAGUAUUGUUUUUUCUUUAAAUUUAAUCGAUACUAAAAUGAGGUUUAUUAUUGCUAUUUCCUUAUUGUUCUUCUUAGCUUACUUCGUAAACUGUAAAGAUUUUGAAAUGGACUACCCUUGUACAAAUAUUGAUGAUUGCAAAAAAAAAUUUUCACCAAACUCAAUUUGUCGAGAUGGUAAAUGUUUAUGUGGUGAUUCACGUGAAAAUUUGAAAUCGUGUCAACUACCUCGUACAUCUUUGAGAGAAUCAAAGAAUUUAGGCGGUGUUGUUGGCAGAGUUUGUAAAUAUGAUAAAGAGUGUUAUUCAGACAAUAUUUGGUGCAAUACAACUACUUCUCAGUGUCAAUGUAAACCUAAUUAUGUUGGAGACUCUUCUAAUAGUCGCUGUCUUCCAAUUGUCAAUCAUAUUGGAGGAAACUGCCAAGACAAUAAACAAUGUUUAGUGAACAUGCCUAAUACUACAUGUGUAAACGAUCAGUGUGUUUGUAUCACUGGUUUUCACCAUAUUAAUGGAAAAUGUUGGAAGAGUGUUGGUUUUGGUGAAUAUUGUACAGUCAAUCAAGAAUGUUCACAUGUAGAAUAUGCACAAUGCAAUGAAACAAAUCAAUGUGAGUGUUCUAAAAUUUCUGUAUUAACUAAAGAUGGAAAAGGGUGCCUUCCAAAAGCUCAAGCAAUUAUGGGAGAAUGCAAGGAAUCAGAACAAUGUUCUAAAGCUUUUGACGAAGCUGAUUGUAUUGAUAAUAGAUGUCAGUGUUGGAAUAAAAGUCACUUUGUUCUUAGUAUUGGUAAAUGUAUAUCAAAUAAAGAACUUGGUGAGGCAUGUACUGAAGAUUACGAAUGCUAUCAAGGGAUAUUAUCCGAAGACGUAAAGAAUUUAAAAUGUAUUGAUAGGAUUUGUGCGUGUGCUGAAAACUUUACUAAUGUUGAAGGGAAAUGUGUAGCAACUGAUAAAAAUUCAAGAUUCAUGAAGAAUCACAGUGUUCUCGUGUUUCUUGUGCUUUGCCUCGUCACGGCUUCAUGCUCGACGAUUUCCGUUGCAUUUAGACAUCAUGUAUAUCCUUGUCUUAAUCGCAGGCUUCACACACAGACAAUGAAAUCAUGCACCUACGAUGUUGAUUGCAUUGAAAACGCAUACUGCUUUAAUCAAGAAACUUGCAUGUGUAUGGACGGAUAUGUUGUUAAUAAAAAUAGGACUCAUAUGCAAUGCCUAAAAAUUGUUACAAACUUGGGAGACCCUUGUGAUGAGAACAUCCAAUGUGAAAUGACCUUCACCAGUCAAGCAGAAUGUAGAGGUAAUAUUUGUGUUUGUUCCGAUGGAUCACACUAUGAAGCAGAACAAAGAAGAUGUUACGAAUCUGUGGGCCUCGGAAAAAUCUGUCAAACGAAUUACAACUGUUACGUUGAAGGAUCUAAGUCAUUUUGUUCUGAUGGUUUUUGCAGUUGUCCGCUUUUACAUCAUUCCAAUGCUGAUGGUACAAAAUGCCUUCAAAGUGCAAAUCUUGGACAAAAUUGUACAAAUGAUGAGGAAUGCAUAACAUUAAAUUCACGUUGUUCUGGAGUAUGUAGUUGUAAAAUAGAUUAUGCUCUAUCAAAUGAUAAAAAAAGAUGUCUUAAAGCUGCAAUGAAGUUAGGAGACUUUUGUGAAGAAGAUUCACAAUGUUCCUUAUUUUUAAAAAAUACAAAAUGUGGUGAAGAAAACAAGUGUAUAUGUGUUUUAGAUUUGAAACCACGAGAAACAGAAUGUGUGAGAAAAUUAAAUCCAGAAAUGAUUGGAAAACCAUGUUAUAGUCGAUCUCAAUGUGUCUUACCUACAUCAGAUACAGAAUUAAAACCUCAUGAAGUAGCUAAUAUUGAUUGUAUAAAUAAUAUUUGUUCCUGUGCACAAGAUUAUAUUCUAACAGAGAAUAAACUAGACUGUAUUAGGUUUAGUGAAAAUAGUUCAGGCAAAUUGAUAAUAACAUCAUUACUGCCUUACUUGAUAAUUAUAAAAAUAUUUUAGUUUACAACAUAACGAUAAUUGAGUAUGGAUUAUUUUUUUAUAGUCUAAAAAUUGACUUAUUUAUUUGAGCUUCAUAAAAGC